AUGGUCAAGCAAGAAAUCUACAAACUCCGCCCUACAGGGUGGGAAUCAGACCCGGAAGAUGAAUAUUUCAAACUCUCCACACUGGACUACUGCGUCGGGCAGGUAUACACCAAUUACGCGCUCUUCUUCAAGCUCCCAGACAUCGAGAAACCCCAGAUCAUCCCCGUGCUCAAAAACGGUCUCGAAGUAACCCUCAGCCAGUGCCGCCAGCUGUGCGGAGUCCUUGAGGAACACCCUGACGGUACAGGCGGACUGUGCUUCCACAAGAAGAAGGAAAGUACCGUCGAGUUCCAUGUCCAGUGGCUUGACGGUCCUGAGGAUGAGGGGCUGUACCCAUCGUUCAAAGAGCUAGAGGAAAGACAUUUCGUCUCGCAAGCUCUCGGCGAUGUCAAUACGUGGAGUGUGCCUCCUAUGACGUACGGAGAGAAGCCAGAGGCUCAGCCGGAGAGUCACCCCAAGGGCUCUGCGUUCAAGGUAAGCUUUAUCCGCGGCGGAGCAAUCUUUAUGAUGCACCACCAUCACUAUUGCAACGAUAUCAUGGGGUGGGCUGGGGAGAUGCACCAGCUAGCGGACAAUUGCGCGGCGAUCUGGAAUGCGCAAAACGAAGGAAAAACACUGGUUCUUCCACCGUGGGAUUCCAACUGUCUCGACCUGUCUAGGGUUACAAAGCCUGAUUUACCCGAGGACCAGCGCGUCGACGGACCUGGGACGCCGUUAAAACAUCCCGAUCAUAAACCCGGCCAGUGGCUACUAUUCCACCUCCCAAAAAGCAAAGCAGCCGAGCUGAAGAACAUAGCGAGUCCCACGGACGGAAGCUACUGGAUCUCGACCUACGAUGCGUACACCGCGUAUAUCUGGCGGGUGCUGUCGAAGCACAGGGCGAAGAUCUUCAACCGAGAUUGCAAGCAGAAGCAUCUCCUCUGGGGCGAGGCAGUCGAUAUGCGGAGACGCUUUCACAGUCCAGCCGUGCCAGAGCGCAUGCAGGGGAAUGUUGUAUUCGUCGCAAUGAGCACGUCGAAUCCCACUCCUCAACUCACAGUGGAAGAGGUGAUAUCUGAAGCACCCCUGUCAAAGCUCGCUUGGUAUAUCCGACAGCUCACAAACGGCGUCACGGAGGAAAACCUCGAUAUCGCGCUGUCGGCAAUCGCGCCCGUCCGUGACAAAACCGCCCUGUUCCUGCGCACUGACAGUUUCCCGCCCAUGAGUAAUAUCACGACAGACUGGCGGGAUACGAGGCCGGGCGAGGCCGAUUUCGGAUUCGGCAAGCCUCAUGCCUUUCGGUUUCCAUUCGACACCGUUACGGCUGGUAUGACGGUUGUUUAUCCUGUUCGGACUAAUAACCCCCCGGCUGGUGAGGACGAGGGGCAUGAGUUUAGUAUUGGGUUUGAGAGGGAGCUUGCGGAGGGCUUGAUUGAGGAUCCGGAGUGGAAUCGGUAUUUUGAAUACAGGGGGGUUGAUGCUGAGGGGAAUGGAGGGGCUUAG